UGCUUCUGUCUAUUCCUAAAUCAAAAGCUCUUUUCCAAAACAUAAUCUACUUCUUAAUCAAGCUCGUGUUUAAAUGACUGAUGCAUUCAGAUCAUUCUUUAUUAUUAUUAUCUUUUGUAGGUUCAUUCAUCUCACCUUUUAGUCCCAAUCUCAAUGAAGUCCCACACUUGCAAAAGAGAUCAAUCAAAAUAAAGACGCAAGAAAAAAGAAACAAACACACCACCAAUUAAGAAAUCAAAGAUGUUUCAACUUAGUGGGAUUCUCUUUCCCUCAAAGCAGCAUUUCUUCUUCUUCUUUACAUCAUAGGGAUAAAAAAAUUGAACAAUACCUUUUGUGGGUCCUUUAAAGGCACUAACUUCUAAAAGAGUCAUCUUCUUUAUGUGAAUUUUUAUUUCAAUAUUGUUGCUCCUAUUGGCUUCAUUAUUACACAAACCCUCCAUUUCUCUUCACAACCCAUGUUUUUGUUCUCUUGUGUUUAGAGUGUUUCAGCUUAUCUAUGGCUCACUCAGGUACCAAAAGCUUUGUUAUUCUUACACAGAACGGUGAAAGAUUUUGCAAUCCACUAAGAAAUUGCUUUACAUGGAACCAUUUGAUCUUACAAUGCUUCAUGGUCUUAACUUUUGUGGGGAACACUUCUUCAUCAACUCAACCAGAUAUAGAAGGAGGAGCUUUGUUGCAGCUCAGAGACUCACUUAAGGAUUCAAGCAAUCGUCUAAGAUGGACACGAGAUUUCGUGAGCCCUUGCUUUAGCUGGUCUUAUGUCACCUGCAGAGACCAGAGUGUUGUGGCUCUGAGUCUUGCCUCAAAUGGAUUCACAGGAACACUCUCUCCAUCUAUUACAAAACUGAAGUUCUUGGUUACACUAGAGUUACAGAACAACAGUUUAUCUGGUACUUUACCGGAUUAUAUAGGGAACAUGAUUAAUCUUCAGACGUUAAAUCUCUCAAUGAACAGUUUCAACGGCUCAAUACCCGCCAGCUGGAGUCAGCUCUCGAAUCUAAAGCAUUUAGAUCUCUCAAACAAUAACUUAACAGGAAGCAUCCCAACACAGUUCUUCUCAAUUCCAACAUUCGAUUUCUCCGGAACUCAUCUUACAUGUGGUAAAAGCUUGAACCAGCCUUGUUCUUCAAGCUCUCGUCUUCCAGUCACGUCCUCCAAGAAGAAGCUAAGAAACAUCACUUUAACCGCAACUUGUGUUGCUUCUGUAAUCUUAUUCCUUGGAGCUAUGGUUAUGUAUCACCACCAUCGCCGUCGCAGAACCAAAAACGACAUAUUUUUCGAUGUAGCUGGUGAAGAUGACAGGAAGAUCUCCUUCGGACAGCUAAAAAGAUUCUCUUUGCGUGAAGUUCAGCUAGCAACAGACAGUUUCAACGAGAGCAAUUUGAUCGGACAAGGAGGGUUUGGAAAAGUGUACAGAGGUAUGCUUCCAGACAAAACAAAAGUUGCAGUGAAACGCCUUGCGGAUUACUUCAGUCCUGGAGGUGAAGCAGCUUUCCAAAGAGAGAUUCAGCUCAUUAGCGUCGCGGUUCAUAAGAAUCUCUUACGCCUUAUUGGCUUCUGCACAACUUCCUCUGAGAGGAUCCUUGUGUAUCCAUACAUGGAGAAUCUUAGUGUCGCAUAUCGACUAAGAGAUUUAAAGGCGGGAGAGGAAGGGUUAGACUGGCCAACAAGGAAGCGUGUGGCUUACGGUUCAGCUCAUGGUUUAGAGUAUCUACACGAGCACUGUAACCCCAAGAUCAUACACCGCGAUCUCAAGGCUGCAAACAUACUUCUAGACAACAACUUUGAGCCUGUUCUUGGAGAUUUUGGUUUAGCUAAGCUUGUGGAUACAUCGCUGACUCAUGUCACAACUCAAGUCCGAGGCACAAUGGGACACAUUGCGCCAGAGUAUCUCUGCACAGGAAAAUCAUCAGAGAAGACAGAUGUUUUCGGUUACGGUAUAACACUUCUUGAACUAGUUACUGGUCAGCGUGCAAUCGACUUUUCGCGCUUGGAAGAGGAGGAAAACAUUCUCUUGCUUGAUCAUUGUUGGAUGUGUAUGAAACAGAUAAAGAAGCUGUUGAGAGAACAGAGACUGAGAGACAUUGUUGAUUGCAAUUUGACUACUUAUGACUCGGAAGAAGUUGAAACCAUUGUUCAAGUGGCUCUUCUAUGUACACAAGGCGCACCAGAAGAUAGACCAGCGAUGUCUGAAGUGGUUAAGAUGCUUCAAGGGACUGGUGGUUUGGCUGAAAAAUGGAUUGAGUGGGAACAACUUGAAGAAGUUAGGAACAAAGAAGCAUUGUUGCUUCCGACCUUACCAGCUACUUGGGAUGAAGAAGAGUCCACCAUAGAUCAAGAAUCUAUCAGGUUAUCGUCAGCAAGAUGAAGUUGAAGGAGCUUUAGAAAGAUAUUUAAAAAAAAACUUUGCAUUACAUGUAUAAAAGAUAAACCUAGAAAGUGUAUUUGAUUUGCUAACUGUAUUAAAACAGGUGGGAAACUAAGUAAACACACAAGCUUGGUUUGUGUAAUAGAUCGUAUGAUAUAUAUACAUAUACCUAGCUGUGUUUUUGUAUAUAUGAAUUGGUUAUUGUCUCCAUAACAGUUUCCUCUGUUUUUGGCG